ACUACGAGUAGUAAAAGAAAAUUAAAAACCCACUCCUGAUUCCCUGAGCAAACCCUAGUAAACUAGUAAGUUCUUUUUUUAGAGAAAAACAUAGCCACCACCACCACCACAUCUCAAAGAUUCUAUCCUUCCCAAUAAUAAGGGUAUAAUAUUCCGCCGUUUCGAAAAAAAUUAAUUAGGGUUUAAUAAAAGUAAAGAAAUCAUGGCAAAAAAAGGUCUAAUGGAGCAAGAUUUGAGUAAGCUGGAUGUGGCUACCCUACAUCCGCUUUCUCCGGAAGUUAUCUCCCGCCAAGCCACUAUCAAUAUUGGUACAAUUGGUCAUGUGGCUCAUGGGAAAUCAACCGUUGUAAAAGCGAUAUCCGGUGUUCAGACAGUUCGUUUUAAAAAUGAGUUGGAGCGGAACAUUACCAUCAAGCUCGGGUAUGCUAAUGCAAAGAUAUACAAAUGUGAAGAUGACCGGUGCCCUCGACCUAUGUGUUACAGGGCCUACGGAAGUGGCAAAGAAGAUAGCCCACAAUGUGAAGUCCCUGGAUUUGAAAACAGCAAGAUGAAGUUGAUGAGGCACGUGUCAUUUGUUGAUUGCCCUGGACACGAUAUUCUCAUGGCUACUAUGCUUAAUGGAGCAGCAAUCAUGGAUGGGGCGUUACUUCUCAUAGCUGCUAAUGAAAGUUGUCCUCAACCACAAACUUCUGAACAUCUGGCUGCUGUUGAAAUUAUGCGACUCCAGCAUAUUAUCAUUCUUCAAAAUAAGGUUGAUCUAAUUCAGGAGAAUGUAGCCAUUAACCAACACGAGGCCAUUCAGAAAUUCAUCCAGGGAACCGUUGCUGAUGGUGCACCAGUCAUUCCUGUGUCUGCUCAGCUUAAGUACAACAUUGAUGUUGUUUGCGAAUACAUAAUUAAGCGGAUUCCCAUUCCAGAGAGGAACUUCAUCUCACCUCCAAAUAUGAUUGUGAUACGUUCAUUUGAUGUGAACAAACCUGGUUCUGAAGUUGAUGAGAUCAAAGGUGGUGUUGCUGGAGGAAGUAUUCUCAAGGGUGUGUUGAAGGUGAACCAGAACAUUGAGGUCCGCCCUGGGAUUGUUGUUAAAGAUGAGAGUGGCAACAUCAAGUGCACGCCUAUUUACACCAGAAUAGUUUCACUGUAUGCCGAACAGAACGAACUACAAUUUGCUGUACCUGGAGGUCUCAUCGGAGUUGGAACAACAAUGGACCCUAUGCUGACUCGUGCUGAUCGGCUGGUGGGACAAGUUCUUGGCGAGGUUGGGUCUUUACCUGACGUUUAUGUCGAACUAGAGGUGAACUUCUUUCUCUUGCGUCGUCUGCUAGGUGUAAAGACAAAAGGAACUGAAAAGCAAGGGAAGGUUUCAAAGUUAGCGAAGGCAGAAAUUCUGAUGUUGAACAUCGGGUCAAUGUCUACAGGAGCUCGUGUUUUGGCGGUUAAGAACGAUUUAGCGAAACUGCACUUGACAUCUCCAGUGUGUACGAGCAAAGGUGAGAAGAUUGCCCUAAGCAGGAGAGUUGAGAAACAUUGGCGAUUGAUUGGUUGGGGACAAAUUCAAGCAGGAUCGACCCUUGAGAUUCCACCCUGCCCAAUAUAGACACAUUUGAAUUCCAGUUUUGCCUCCUGCUGUUUUCAUAUUUGAUUCUUAAUAUCUGUUUAGAUCUGGUAGUAAUUGUGAUUUUACACUAUUAACUCAUUUUGAGCACAACUUUGCAUGGUGUGUGAAGGAAGAAUCAUAAGACAGGUGCCUUUCUUUAUUACUUUUUCAUCUAAGAAUGGACAUGGGAACACCUUGAUUCCAUGUAACCAUAUUGGUACC